AUGAGCGGACCUAGCAACAAUUAUGUCGGACUUUAUAACGCCGUCGGUCAAUUGGAAGGGUUCAAUUCUAAUCAAAUGACUACUAAUUUGCAAGCUCAACCUUAUGCUCGCGCUCAUGCUACCGAUUUUCCUCUCAACAUGACGUCUACGAAUACAGAUUCUCCAGGCCAAAUGCCUACUAAUUUGCAAGCCCAGCAUUAUGCUCAAGAUUUCCGUUCUCAUGCCACAUCUUUGCCUCUCCAUGGUAAUGUCCAUAUGAAUGCUAUGCACUACGGAAGUACUGGAAAUUAUAUAACAUCAUAUCCCUCAGUCUCUUAUUACGGACCGGUUUCGGAUGUUGGUGCCUCCAUGAAUGGGCAGUUAAAUACGUCGAGCCGUAAUAAAGUCGAAACUCACAAAAACAACUCGUGUCCACUCUGUGGAUCCUCCAACCGAUAUUUCGGUACGAUCAAAAGUAUUGCGCAUAUUUUUACGCAAAUGCGCACGCAAGAUAACGUACUCAACGAGCCCGAAUAUGUGAUUACAAGAGAAGUGCGAAUUCAAUUGGUGAUAGGCAGGGUACCAGCCAAUGCUAACUUUGACCAAGUGUUAGCUUUAACUCAACAGUGA